AUGUCUAACGAAGUUAAAACUGCUAUUCUCUCUGUCUAUGAUAAAACCGGCUUAUUGGACUUAGCUAGGGGUUUAACUGAAUGUAACGUUCGUAUUUUAGCUUCUGGUGGUACAGCAAACAUGAUCCGUGAAGCUGGUUUCCCUGUUGAAGAUGUUUCUACUAUUACACAUGCCCCAGAGAUGUUGGGUGGUAGAGUUAAGACAUUACAUCCAGCUGUCCAUGGUGGUAUUUUAGCUAGAGAUAUCCCAUCUGAUCUCAAAGACCUGGAAGAGCAAGAUAUUAAGAUGAUCGACUUUGUGGUCUGUAACUUAUAUCCAUUCAAGGAAACCGUUGCCAAGAUUGGUAUCACUGUUCCAGAAGCCGUUGAAGAAAUUGAUAUCGGUGGUGUCACUUUAUUGAGAGCCGCCGCUAAGAACCAUGCUAGAGUCACUAUAUUGUCUGACCCAAAUGAUUACUCUAAAUUCUUAAAUGAAUUAAAGGAAAAGGGUGAGAUAUCUACUGAAUCUAGAAACACUUUUGCCUUAAAAGCUUUUGAACAUACUGCUAGCUACGAUGCUGCUAUCUCUGAUUUCUUUAGAAAACAAUAUUCUGAGGGUAAAGAAAUGUUACCAUUACGUUAUGGUGCCAAUCCACAUCAAAAACCUGCUCAAGCUUUUGUCACCGAACAAGAACAAUUGCCAUUUAAAGUCUUAAGUGGUUCUCCAGGUUAUAUUAACCUAUUGGACGCUUUAAACUCUUGGCCAUUAGUUAAAGAGUUAUCUGCUUCUUUGAACUUACCAGCUGCCGCCUCUUUUAAACAUGUUUCUCCAGCUGGUGUUGCUGUAGGUAUUCCAUUAACUGAUGUCGAGAAACAAGUAUAUUUUGUUAACGAUAUUGAAAAUAUGUCCCCAUUAGCUGCUGCUUACGCUAGAGCCAGAGGUGCUGAUAGAAUGUCAUCAUUUGGUGAUUGGAUCGCCUUAUCUAAUAUUGUUGAUGUUCCAACUGCCAAAAUCAUUUCUAAGGAGGUUUCUGAUGGUAUCAUUGCUCCAGGUUAUGAACCAGAAGCUCUUGAAAUCUUAAAAAAGAAAAAAGGUGGUAAAUAUUGUGUUUUACAAAUUGAUCCAAACUAUACACCAGAUAACAUUGAAUCUAGACAAGUUUUUGGUGUCACAUUACAACAAAAGAGAAACGAUGCUAUUAUCAACCAAGCAUCAUUCAGAGACAUUAUAUCACAGAAUAAAAAUUUAACUGAACAAGCUACAAUUGAUUUAACUGUUGCUACAAUCGCUUUGAAAUAUACACAAUCUAAUUCUGUUUGCUAUGCAAAGAACGGUAUGGUUAUUGGGUUAGGUGCUGGCCAACAAUCAAGAAUCCACUGUACAAGAUUAGCUGGUGAUAAAGCCGACAAUUGGUGGUUCAGACAACACCCAAGAGUCCUAGCUUUCAAAUGGGCUAAAGGUGUCAAGAGACCGGAAAAAUCUAAUGCUAUUGAUUUAUAUGUAACUGGUCAAAUUCCAACUGAAGAACCAGAAAAGUCUGAAUAUGAAUCCAAAUUCGCUGAAGUUCCAACUCCAUUAACUGCUGCAGAAAAAAAGGAAUGGUUAUCUAAGUUGACUAACGUCUCUUUAUCAUCAGAUGCAUUUUUCCCAUUCCCAGAUAAUGUUUAUAGAGCUGUAAGAUCUGGAGUUAAGUAUAUCGCUGCUCCAUCUGGUUCUGUGAUGGACAAAGCUGUUUUAGCUGCUGCUGAUGCCAAUAAUCUAGUUUAUGUUGAAAAUGCUUUCCGUUUAUUCCAUCAUUGA